CACACACACACACACACACACACACACACACACUCACACACGCGCACGCUACAGUAGCUCGGACAGAGCCACUUUUUCUCAGGCUGCUCCACAGACAGACAGCAGAAAACGGAGGAGGAGAGCGAGAAGGGAAAUGUACUGAUCCAGGAGAUUCAAACAGCAGAAACCCAUCCUGUCUUUGCUGUUCAUCAAUUUAAACACAAUAAUUAUACAACUCUUCAUUAAUCUGUAACUGAACUGGGACCUUUUCUGCUCUGCUGAGGGACCUGCUCUGCUCUGCUGAGAGACCUGCUCUGCUCUGCUGAGAGACCUGCUCUGCUGAGAAACCUGCUCUGCUGAGGAACCUGCUCUGCUGAGAGACCUGCUCUGCUGAGGAACCUGCUCUGCUGAGAGACCUGCUCUGCUGAGGAACCUGCUCUGCUGAGGAACCUGCUCAUUCUCCAGGACUAUGGCACCACACGUGGUACACGGAGUCUCUCUUUCACAGCCCUGGUGUCUUCCUCUCCUUUUGCUCCUUCUCUCCCUGUAUUCCCUGACAGUCACAGGGUUCAACCUGGAUACUAGCAUGACUCUGAUCAAGGAGGGGGAGAAAGGGAGCUUUUUUGGAUUUUCUGUAGCACUUCACCAGCAACUCACCCCAGAACCACACAGUUGGAUACUGGUGGGGGCUCCCCGGGACAGAGGACUGGGCCUCAUGGGGAAACAGCGUACUGGCGCCCUGUACCGCUGUCCAAUCACAGGCGAGGAGUUUGACUGCGAGCGCGUGGACAUCGAUGGAGAGGUAAACCUCGACAGGGAGAGCAAGGACAACCAGUGGCUCGGAGUGACAGUCAAAAGCCAGGGGAUUGGAGGAAAGGUGGUGACCUGUGCCCACCUGUAUGAGCUGCGUCAGCGUGUGGGUCUGCCGUCUGAGACACGUGACCCUGUCGGGCGUUGUUAUGUCCUGAGUGAGGACCUGACAGAGAGGGGCGACCUGGACGGAGGGGAGUGGAAGUUCUGCGAGGGGCGACCCCAGGGACACGAACAGUUUGGCUUCUGUCAGCAGGGCCUGUCUGCCGCCUUCACACCAGACAACAACUUCAUCAUGUUCGGCGCUCCAGGAACGUACAACUGGAAAGGAGAGAUGCGUGUCCAGCUGCUAAACCAGACACUGUUGGAUCUUGGUUUCUAUGACGACGGGCCUUAUGAGGUGGCGGAUGAGAAACAGCUGAAUGCUCAGCUGAUCCCAGUUCCCUACCAUAGUUACCUGGGUUUCUCGGUGGACUCUGCUAACGACAUAACGAGCCAUGGGGAGCUGACCUUCGUGGCGGGGGCUCCGCGAGCCAAUCACACGGGAGCGGUUGUGCUACUGCGUAAAGACAACGUGUACCGCCUGGUGCCACAGCACAUCCUGUGGGGAGAGGAGCUGGGUUCUUCCUUUGGGUACUCUGUGGCCACGGCUGAUCUCAACAGUGAUGGCUGGACAGACCUGAUAGUGGGAGCCCCCAACUAUUUUGACAGGAAGACAGAGAUCGGAGGUGCUGUGUACAUCUUCCUCAACCGAUUCGGUAACUGGGAGUACGCUCAGCCAAUCAGGCUCAACGGAACUCAUGACUCCAUGUUUGGACUGACCGUCAACAAUGUGGGAGACCUGGACCGGGACGGAUAUGAUGACAUCGCUGUGGGGGCUCCUAUGUUCGAUGGAGAUGGGAAAGUGUUCAUCUACCGAGGCUCGUCCUCGGGCAUCGACACCAAGCCUGCACAGAUCCUGGAAGGGGUGAACGAGGGGGUGAAACGGUUUGGCUACUCCAUCUCAGGCGGCCUGGACAUCGAUGGGAACCUGUACCCUGACCUGGCAGUAGGCUCUCUCGGCGAUAAGAUGGUUCUGUAUCGGUCUCGCCCGGUCAUUCACGUGACCCGGGAUGUAUCCAUCGAACCUCAGCACUAUAUUGACUUGGAGCAACACAACUGCAAGGGGAGAGAUGGAGUGGAGAAUAUCCGUGACAAGCUGCGUCCCAUCGCCCUGGCCAUCACCCACACUAUCAGACCCCCCAUGUUGUCCUCAGACACUAACCCAGAGGAACAACUGCCUCCUGUACUGGGUGUUGCCACCUCCAACACCCUGCACUCUGAGGUGAAUUUCCUGAGGGAAGGCUGUGGUGAUGAUAAUAUCUGUCAGAGCAACCUGAAGUUGACCUACCAGUUUGGAACCCGACCUAUAACCUCUGACCUCUUCACCCCUCUGCCAAAAGAUGAUGAGGAGGUGUCCGUUUUCUCUCUGUCUGACCAGAGGUCCGUGGUGAUGGAGGUGACCGUCACCAACAUGCCCUCUGUACCUCUGCACCCUGAGAAGGACGGUGACGAUGCCCAUGCCGCCCAGCUACUGGUGACCCUGCCAGACACCCUGUCCUACUCUGGCUUCAGGGGACAACAGGUGGUGUGUCAGGCCAAUCAGAAUGGCUCUCAGGCAGAGUGUGAGCUGGGAAACCCCCUGAAGAGAGAUUCUAUCCUGAAGUUCUACAUCAUCCUCAGCACCUCUGCUAUCACCAUAGAGACCACGGAACUCACUGUCAACCUCCUGCUGGCUACUAUCAGUGAGCAGCCAGACCUGGCCCCAGUCACAGCCGUGGCUAAAGUCGUCAUAGAGCUCCCUCUGGCUGUCAGCGGGGUGUCCCGGCCACACCAGCUGUUCUUCAGUGGGGCUGUGAAGGGGGAGAGUGCUAUGGAGACUCUGGACGACGUGGGCAGCCCUCUGGAGUUUGAGUUUACGGUGACCAACACUGGGCCGUCCCUGCAGACUCUAGGCUCUGCCUUCCUCAACAUAAUGUGGCCUCAUGAGCUGUCCAAUGGGAAGUGGCUCCUGUACCCCACCGCUUUUCACUUCAAGGGCCAUCCAGAAACCCACUGUAGACUCCACACCUCCCUCAACCCACGGAAGUUGUCCCACAGCUCUCCUUCUGAAGACCAGCCACAGGCUUCAUUCAGGAGGAAGGGGCGAUCCCACCCGGAAGAGGAGGGGCAUGUGAUGACCAAGGGCAGUCUGGGUAGGACCACGCCCGCUGUGGCUGCCUCCGAGAGACGGAAGUCACUCAAACUGGACUGUCUGCUGGGUUCAGCGCGUUGCGUCCUGUACCAGUGUCCUCUCCUCAGCUUCUCUGGCUCUGCUGUCCUCAUCACUAGUCUCCCCCCCCUGUCUGACUGUCUGCUGGGUUCAGCGCGUUGCGUCCUGUACCAGUGUCCUCUCCUCAGCUUCUCUGGCUCUGCUGUCCUCAAGAUCCAGGGACGCCUUUGGAACAGCACCUUCCUGGAGGAGUUCCCAUCAGUCAGUGCUCUGGAGCUGCUGGUAAGAGCCAACAUCACAGUCAAGUCGAGCAUCAAACACCUGGUGCUGAGGGAUGCUGCCGCACAGGUCCCAGUGAUGAUUUACCCAGAGGUUGGUCUGACUGCCCAGUACUGGAUCCCCUGGUGGUGGAUUCUCAUAGCCAUCCUGGCUGGUAUCCUGGUGCUGUCUCUGCUGGUCUGCAUCCUCUGGAAGGGUGGUUUCUUCCGUCGGGUCCAGUAUGAAGACCAAGUGCCUCAGUACCAUGCGGUGAAGAUUCCCCAUCAGGACCUGCCCCAGUUCCAUGAGAGCCAGAAGGCAGGGGUCCUCCACAAGAAAGAGUGGACGACACACUGGAGCGACGGAAACUCCUGAUCGACAACAACAACAAAAACAACAACAACAACAAGGAAUUGAAUAAUAACAAACCAACCCCCCCGAUUCAAUAACUUAGCACUCACUAACUCUGCGGCGUAAUAAAUGUGUGCACGCAGACUGGCUGUGACACAUUUGGGGCUACGUCCUCAUUCUUCACCCUGCUUCUGAAGUGGACUUAUUAAUGCUGACUACUCUCUCCUACAUAUUUAUAUGGACAGUGAUGCUGACUUUCUACAUCGUCUCUAUAGUCCAGCAUUUUGGAUUUGAGAUCAAAUGUUCCGUAUGAGGUGAUAAUGUCAUCUUUCACUUGAGGGUAUUAUUUAUACAUAUCUGAUUUGCCAUUUAGAAAUGAAAGCACUUUAUAGAUCUAGUCCCCCUCAUUUGAAGAUGUCUUAAGUAUUUGGACAAAUUUCACUUAUAGCGUCAAAUGUAGUAUUUGGUCCCAUAUUACUAAGCACACAAUGACGACAUCAAGCUUGUGACAAUCCAAACUUGUUGGAUGCGUUAGAUGGUUCUAAAUACUUCUACAUGAAUGUGGAUGCUAACAUGAUUAUGGAUAAUCUUGAAUCAUGAAAGACGAUGAGUGAGAAAGUUACAGAGGGUCAAAGAUCUUUCCGCCAAGACAUGCUAACCUCUAUUGUUAUUGGUAAUGUUGAGAGGUUAGCAUGCUAACCUCCAUUGUUAUUGGUAAUGUUGAGAGGUUAGCAUGCUAACCUCCAUUGUUAUUGAUAAUGUUGAGAUGUUAGCAUGCUAACCUCCAUUGUCAUUGGUAAUGUUGAGAGGUUAGCAUGCUAACCUCCUUUGUUAUUGGUAAUGUUGAGAGGUUAGCAUGCUAACCUCCCUUGUUAUUGGUAAUGUUGAGAGGUUAGCAUGCUUUGCUGUAGCUUCUAUAACUUUUCUCACUCAUCAUUAUUCACAAUUCAUUCAUGAUUUUUCUUAAUCAUGGCAUUAUCAGGAUUGAAAUAGAACUGUUCACAAACAUCUUAUCUACUCACUUAGAUGGAAUAUCACUCUGAUCACCAUUCGGUUCCUAUUGGGCAAAACCCAAAACCCAACCAAAACAAACUAUGACCGCAUCCAAGAAGUGUAUAGAGUCACAAGCUUGACGUAGUCGUUGUAUGCUAGAAAUAUGGGAGCAAAUACUCAACUUUUGAUUACUUUAGUACACUGUAAGUACAAAUUUGUCCAAAUACUGAAAUCAGAUAUGAAAAUACCCUCAAUUAAAAGGCGACAUUCUGUCUGUCAUCUCAUAAGGGGCGGCAGGGUAGCCUAGUGGUUAGAGUGGAAGGGCGGCAGGGUAGCCUAGUGGUUAGAGUGGAAGGGCGGCAGGGUAGCCUAGUGGUUAGAGUGGAGGGGCGGCAGGGUAGCCUAGUGGUUAGAGUGGAGGGGCGGCAGGGUAGCCUAGUGGUUAGAGUGGAGGGGCGGCAGGGUAGCCUAGUGGUUAGGGCGUUGGACUAGUAAACGGAAGGUUGCAAGUUCAAAACCCAAGCUGACAAGGUACAAAUCUGUCGUUCUGCCACUGAACAGGCAGUUAACCCACUUUUUCUAGGCCGUCAUUGAAAAUAAGAAUUUGUUCUUAACUGACUUGCCUAGUAAAAUAAAGGUAAAUAAAUAUGAACAAUUGAUCUCAAAUCCGAAAUGAUGAAGUAUAGAGCCACAUGUAAAAAUGUUGCAUCACUGUCCAAAUACAUACACUACAUAGUGUACAUCAUUUAUGUCAUGAAAGUCCCGCCUACUUCCUGGAUCAUGUCCCACACGGUUUUUAAAGUGUCAUGAAAACAUGUCAUCUAAAGAUGCACAAUGCAGAAAUCGCUCCGCCAUUUCCUGGUUGCUAAAAUUCUAAUAGUUCACCAGCUUUUCACACUUGGCAUUCUCUCAACCAGUUUCACCUGGAAUGCUUUUCCAACAGUCUUGAAGGAAUUCUCACAUAUGCUGAGCACUUGUUUGCUGCUUUUCCUUCAUUCUGCGGUCCGACUCUUCCCAAACCAACUAAAUUGGGUUUGAGGUCGGGUGAUUGUGGAGGCCAGGUCAUCUGAUGCAGCACUACAUCACUCUCCUUUUUGAUCAAAUAGCCCUUACACAGCUUGGAGAUGUUGGGUCAUUUUUCUGUUGAAAAACAAAUCACUAAGUGCAAACCAGAUGGGAUGGCGUAUCGCUGCAGAAUGCUGUGGUAGCCAUGCUGGUUAAGAGUGCCUUGAAUUCUAAAUAAAUCACUGACAGUGUCACCAACAAGCACCCCCACACCAUCACACCUCCUCCUCCAUGCUUCACGGUGGGAACCACACAUGCGGAGAUCAUCUGUUCACCUACUCUGUGUCUCACAAAGACACGGUGGUUGGAACCAAAAAUCAGUUGUACACAUCAGAUCAAAGGACAGAUUUCCACCGGUCUAAUGUCCAUUGCUCGUGUUUCUUGGCCCAAGCAAGUCUCUUCUUCUCAUUGAUGUCCUUUAGUAGUAGUUUCUUUGCAGCAAUUUGACCAUAAAGGCCUGAUUCACACAGUCACCUCUGAACAGUUGAUGUUGAGGUGUGUCUGUUACUUGAACUCUGUGAAGAAUGAAUUUGAGCUGCAAUUUCUGAGGCUGGUAACACGAAUUAACUUAUUCGCAUGAGAGCCAGUUUCAUCAUAAUGCUUGAUGGUUUUCGCGACUGCACUGAAGAAACUCGAAAAGUUCUUGAAAUUUUCCAAAUUGACUGACCUUCAUGUCUUAAAAUAAUGAUGGACUGUUGUUUCUCUUUGCUUAUUUGAGCUGUUGUUGCCAUAAUAUGGACUUCGUCUUUUACCAAAUAAGGCUAUCUUCUGUGUACUGCCCCCCCCCCACCUUGUCACAGCACAACUGAUUGGCUCAGUUGGAAAGACAUUUCACUAAUGAACUUUUAACAAGGCACACCUGUUAAUUGAAAUACAUUCCGGGUGACUACCUCAUGAACCUGGUUGAGAAAAUGCCAAGAGUGUGCAAAGCUGUCAUCAAGGCAAAGAGUGGCUACUUUGAAGAAUCUCAAAUAUAAAACAUAUUUUGAUUUGUUUAAUACUUUUUUGGUUACUACAUGAUUCCAUGUGUUAUUUCAUAUGUUUGAUGUCUUCACUAUUAUUCUACAAUGUAGAAAAUAGUAAAAAUAAAGAAAAAACCUUGAAUGAG